CAGGGAAGGACUGCCGAUGACAGUAAAGUGUUUUUGGCUGUGAACUCCUGGUACACCCUGUAUUCAGCAGGCUUGCAGGAGGCACAAGACAGUAGUGAACUGGCUGGAGGAUCAUCGCUGAAUACAAAGAUCACACAGUGAGAGCCUUGGAAGUCUGCAGCCUUCCUAAGAAGAGCAUUUCACCUCUCACCCACCAGGAAGUGUUCCCAAGUUGCCUUGUUUUGAACGUGUCUCCGUGUCACAUGUUGUGAACAUUUCCCCUGUAUACCUUCCAACACUGAGCAUUCCUGUGUGGUCACAGUUUAAACUUUAAAGCCUGGUUGGGAUAACUUAUCACACAGUUUUCGAUGCCAGACAGCAGUGACUUCUACCCAGCCUCCAACUCUUGCUCACAUCAAAGCCUUGAAGACCACCUUUUUAUUUCUGAUCUAAUCGACAAGUUUUUACAGUCUAGAAGCAGCGGGGGCCAAGUUGGCACAGGCCUGUCUGAAGUGUUUUUGCCUCCGUAGGAUACCACAUACUGUAUUUUAUUUUUAUUUUUUUUCAUUUUGGGAUUUGCAAAAUUUACAAGCUCCCCAUCAUUUUUUUUUGUUCCUUGGGGGCUUGUAUGACUGGUCAAAGCCAUGAGCCAUUUCUUGGCUUGAUCCUACCCCUUCGGGGCCUGGGGGGAAAAUGGUUGUGGGUCUUCUAAUGAGUGUUGUUCUUGAAAACGAGGGAAAGAAUGGAUAUUCUGCCGGUGAAUCUGUAUCUGGACAGGUGGUUCUGGAGCUGCUGGAACAGAUUGAAGUGCUAGGCCUUCACCUGUGUGCACAUGGAGGGGCAAUGGUGUCCUUCACUCUAUGGAAAGGAGGGAACUGGAACCAAAACACAUCUCCUUCUGGAGAACACGUGGAAUACCUUAAUGAGAAGAUUUCAUUACUGGUAGCAGGUGAAAGACACAUAUUUCCAUCUGGUAAACACAAGCUUCCAUUUAGUUUCCAACUUCCUACAGGCAAUUUGGUUACAACUUUCACUGGAAGAUAUGGAAAAGUUCAGUACCAACUCUCUGCAGUUUUGGAAAGACCCUCAGUGCCUGAUCUAACCGUCCACCGGGAGCUCCGAGUCACAAGCCGGAUUGAUGUCAAUUCACCAUCUUUACUUACUCCUGUAGAGCGAACCAACGAGCGAAUGGUUGGCUGCUGGUUCCUCACCUCCGGACCAAUAUCCUUAAGUGCCAAAAUUGGAAGAAAAGGUUACUGCAAUGGGGAAGCUGUUGCAAUUUAUGCAGAAAUUGAGAAUGGCUCUUCACGUCUAAUAGUUCCCAAAGCUGCUAUAUACCAAACUCAAAGUUUUAUAGUCCAUGGGAAAACUAAAACACAUAAACAGAUGCUAGCAAGUGUGCGUGGAAACCAUAUUGCCUCAGGAAGCACAGAAACCUGGAAUGGGAAGACACUUAAAAUACCUCCAGUAACACCCACCAUCUUGGACUGUGAGAUCAUCCGUGUGGAGUACGUUCUAGCGGUCUAUAUUCACAUUCCUGGUGCACAAAGACUGAUGGUGGAGCUUCCUCUAGUUAUAGGCACGGUGCCAUUCAAUGGGUUUACGUACAGAAACUCCAGUGUUGCCAGUCAGUUUACAGUGGACAUGAGCUGGCUUGCCCUGGCACUGGCUGAACAACCAGAAGCACCACCAAAUUACGCAGACGUUGUUUCAGAAGAAGAUCUUUCAUGGUGUGCCCCUCCAGUCACACAACAAGAUGUCUUGCUAGAAGGACUCUGCUUUCCUUCAUUUGUUGUCAUCCAAGAGUUCCGAUUUCAACCCCCACCACUAUAUUCACAGGUUGACCCACAUUUCAAUCAUGGAGCAGAAGGCACUGCACCAUUCACCUUAGAAGAAUGAGAGUCUAAUCUUCUAACAUGGUA